AUGAGUUGCCCAAGCCCAUACUUCAAACAAGACCUCGAUUCAGCCACUCUACCGAGGAGCUGGUCUUGCGCAAGGCAUUGCAACGCUUGGCAGGAAGCGGCAGAACUGGAACCUCAAGGCAACUCAAGCCUACAGAUGUCACAUGGCAAGCAGGGGGAGUGCCAUGAAACCAAAACCGGUCCCACCAAAGAGCGCCACGCCUCGCUGCAAAAUCCCAGCCCUACCACUUAUGUCCGCAUGGAGCAGGCUAAUGACACGCCUGCCAAGGCACAUCCCCCCGCAAAGCAGCGCCGCAGGAAUGCGACCAAGCAUGCCUGA